AUGUUGACUGUCCUUGAAACCUGCAGAAUAUCUCCGCCGUCGGCCACCGUCGGCGAGAACUCACUACCCCUCACUUUCUUCGACAUCAUAUGGCUGCUCCACUUUCCGAUUCACCAGCUUUUCUUUUACGAUUUCCCACAUUCUAAACCUAAAUUCACCCAAACAGCUCUUCCCAUUCUCAAACACUCAUUAUCCAUCACUCUUCAACACUUUUUCCCAUUCGCAAGCAACUUAAUCGUCUUUCCUAAUCCAACAAAACCAGAAAUCCGUCAUGUUGAUGGCAAUUCUGUCGAGUUUACAGUCGCAGAAUCUCAUCUCGAUUUCAAAGAUCUUGUAGGAAACCACCCUCGAGCAUGUGACAUCUUCUAUCCUCUUGUUCCUCCAUUAGGUCAUGUCACUAAUGCAUCCGAAUUUCUCUCCAUUCCUCUUUUCGCAGUUCAGGUUACGUAUUUCAAGAACUUGGGUUUCUCCAUUGGGAUCACAAAUCUGAAAUCACCAUGUUCUUUGUGA